AUGCCUGCAGCUCCCCUCAAGAAAGACAAGGCCUUCCGCCGCUACGAGUCCAACGUCGAGCGCGCCCUCGCCCUGUUCGACACACCCCAGCAAGAAUGGGCCGACUACAUUUCCUUCCUGGGCCGCCUGCUGAAGGCCAUCCAGACGCACCCCCAAGACGUGCCCCAUGUCCCGCAUAGCGCCACCAUCGCCAUCCGCCUGGCCCAAUGCCUGAACCCGUCAUUGCCCUCGGGUGUACACCAGAAAGCCCUCGAGGUUUACGCCUACAUUUUCUCCAUUCUCACGAAACCCGCUCUCUCCCAAAAUCUCCACGUCUACUUCCCCGGCCUUGCUUCCGUGCUGUCCUUCGCCUCGCUCUCCGUCCGGCCCGCUUUUCUCUCCCUCAUCGAGACUUACGUCCUCGCCGUCGAUGCGCAGGCGCUGAGACCCGCCCUCAAAUCGAUAAUACUGUGCCUCUUGCCCGGCUUGGAAGAUGAGACUGCCGAGGACUUUGAACGCAUCCUGCAGAUCGUGGACAAGCUGAGGUUUACAAUAAGUGGUGACGAAGCGCGCAAGAAUGACGGUGCUGGUGACGCGCAGGACUCCUACUUUUGGCAGUGCUUCUUCCUCGCCACCAUCACCAACGUUCCCCGCCGUCAAGGAGCCCUCGCGUAUCUGGUUCGGAGAUUGCCACAAUUCGGAACAAAACAGAGGCGCAACUCGGUAGUUGCCACUGAGGAAGAUGAUGUGCCUGCCGAGGCCCUGUCAAUGGCUGCAGAGGCUGCCAUUGCACCCGAGCCGGGCUUGCUGAUUAGGUGCUUUGCUGCCGGUCUCGGUGACAGCCAACUCCUGGUCCAAAGAGGGUACUUGGAUCUCCUGGUCAACUCGUUACCAUUGCACUCUGAAGUCCUCCAGGUGCGCAUCGACGGAAAGGACCUGGAACGACUGGUAUCCGCCGCCGCCGGCGUUGUCACGAGAAGGGAUAUGAGUCUGAACCGGAGACUGUGGUCAUGGUUUCUGGGACCCGACCCCGGUACCGACGCUGAUGGGGGAGAUGGACAGGCGGAGCCCAAGAGCCCUGUGGUUGACGUCAACUCGCAUCAUGCCGCCUACUUUGCCAGGUACGGCUUGCAGCCUCUUACAAAUGGAAUCAUGUCCAUGAUCAACACUCGCGACCAAUCGCCCGCCGCACAUGCAAAGCCUUUCCGAGUUUGCCUGUCUCUGAUGGAUCGCUGGGAGGUGGGCGGGCUUCUUGUCCCGUCUGUGUUCCUGCCGCUUCUCGAAAGCGCUCGGCGCUACGGCGAAUCCACAAGCAGGGAAAACUUCGAGGAGGUCCUACGUAGUGCCAGCAUCUUCUUCGAUGGUGUGGAAAGUGGUCUCAUCUGGGGCAAACUGUUCGAGCUCCUGGAUGAGGCCAUGCCCGAAGGUGCCAAGGACCGUGAGAAGGUGCUGCAGAAGUUGAAGCUGGCCAAAUUCAUCAUUACUCGUUUCAACAUCCGGGAGGAAGAGAUGUUACUUCAUCACGUUCCUUUAGUAGCGUGUGCUACGCUCAAGAUGCUCAACCACACCCCACCCUCAGUCAACAGUCAAAAUGAUACGGAGAAUUCCAUAUUAACAACGAAGCUGGACAUUGUGGACAUUCUGGUUCAGAGCAUUUCCGACCGUGCGCUCGCUAACAAGGGCUCCGAGGAUGGGGUGGAUGUAAAGGGUGUGCCCACCACGGAACUCGUACGAGCAUUCUAUAACGAGCAACAAGGCAAUCUCGAAACGAGUGGCGCCCCGUGCUCUUUUGUCCAGUUAAGAGACUCGUUGUUGCAGGAGACAGUAACCUUUUUCAUCAACUCUCUCCGUGCCAGCACCUCCGACAUGAUGAAAGAGAUCAGCACAAAACUGCUCUCCAAUAUCUUGUCAAGAGUCUCGGACACGACGGUUGUGAGCAGUAAGGAUCUACUGGCGGCAUUUGAAGAGGCGAUCAAAGUGGAGAAGUCCCAGGGUGCUGAACACCGUAUACCUUUCUCCUCAAUCAUCGCCGUCACGACAAUAAUGACGGCAUUCCAGCCCAGCAACGAUUCACCCGCUUUCUUUCCGCCUGCGCGUAUGCCAGAUCUUGUGAAUUCCCUGGUGGUGUCGACCUGGUAUUAUCUAUCUCCUUUCCGACCAAAGUACCAUGUCGAGGCUGUAAGGUGCCUGUGGCAACUGCAGGCCAUGACUGCAUCAGAUCACCUCGUCGAAGCUGCCGUGACUUCACUGAUGACCCAGGCCACGACGACUACCGCCAAGUCCGGUUCAGCGGAUGCGGCGGAUGCUGGCCGCCGGUUGGCUGUGCUCUGGACCCAUACCAUUCACGAACAGAACCAACAGGCUCAGAAGCCUGGCAGACUGUCCAGAAGGACGAGCGGAUUGCCUGUUUUGAGCGGCCUUAACGGUUUGGUGGGCGGCUACCAAUCGGUCCUGACUCGGCCACUAUUCUUGCUUCUGGACUCCCUGGCAGAGGAAGGCACUGAACUCUUCUUUUAUGUCCGGACCUGGCUCCAGGAUCUUCCCAGUUUGAACCGCGUCUUUGACAUAAUAAUGUCUCAUCUUCAAAGUCUUCAUUGCAUCAAGUAUCAAUCGUCAGACCGACUGGACGCACCAGUCACUCGACCGCCUGUCUUGAUAGACGACUCGAGAGAAUGUCUAUACCACAUGCAACAGUUGCUCAAUAUCUUUCGUUGGUCUUCCGAUCAUACUUGGGUCGUUCUUUCGAAAGACUACGUUCCGGUCGUAGAUCCAUCGGCGAAUGAGGAGCAGGAACUGAUGCUGCAGAAUCUGUUGGUCCGCAUCUGCAUGCGUGCACUGUCAGUUUCGAGUUCGACACAAUCGACCGGAUCAGAACCGCACAUCGACGCCCUGUAUCGAACAACCAUCUCAACCAUCCGCGCAAUCUUACUAAACCCAUAUUCUUUGCCGCUCAAGGAUCUGGAGUUGGAGUCGUUCCUCAUGGCUCGCCUGCAGUCCGCCAGCCCGUCCCUGCAAUCUCUGUUGCUCGAAGCCACGCUGGCUGCCCUUCAACUCCGUUUGCGCGCUGUGGUACCAGUCUCUCCAGUGGAACACAGGAUAUCCCGGGAACGUACAGGGAGUAUUCGCGAAUCAGUGGAUAAGGCUGUGGAGGAAGAAAUCCCUGUCAUCGCCCCACCGCCUCAGUUGGUCGAGUGCCUGAGAAAUGGGUUCUCCUCUCCCUCGAGCCGACUAGUUUUGGACGACUGGGUCAAGUUUCUCAUUGAAGUCUUGCCCCUGUUUGCGGAUACGAUUUUCCAGAACUUGCUUCCCUUGGUCGAGUGUUUAUGCAAGCAGAUUCAAUUAACGUUCGGCCAGCUCAAGUCCACAUUUAGCCAAUCCGUCCAUCCAGGCUCGAUUUCACCAGAAUCAACCCUGAUUGCGCUAAUGAACGGCCUGGAGCAGAUACUUGCAAAUGCUCACCAGAGACUUGUCUUGCAGGAAAUGAAGGUCACCACAGUGAAAACGCCGGAGCAGCCUCAGGGCUUCUUUGGUAACAUGGUUUCUGGUGUCUUCGCCAACGAAGCUAACCAGACUCGAGCUGUCACCGCCAACAGCAGACUUACUGUCCUUCUUUGCUUCCAGGACACUGUUCGCAUCUGUUUCGGCAUCUGGUCCUGGGGAGGUUACGGCCAUUCCAAGCACGAUCAUACCUCUCUCGCGUCUUUCGGGUACACGUCCCUGCGAAUGAGAAACAGGGCCAGGCGCAUCCUUGAGCAUUUGUUCACCGCGGAGACUUUGGAAUGCUUGGAAACCCUGGCUGUUGUCUGGUGUCGAUCUCCGCGAGCAAGUCAGGAAGCGAACGCCGUGAUGAGCCUUCUCAACGUACUCAACGGGUCAAGUCCAAAGCACACAACUCCUGCUAUAUUCAAUGCCGUCUACAGCAGAACAAAUCCACACGCACUAGAUCCUCACCGCAUGUCGACCUUGACAUCCGACCUGGCUGAUACCGACUUGGUCGCGUUCUUAGUCGAUUACACAAAGUCAUUGGAAGACGAUGCCAUGGACGAGAUCUGGCCAGACUGCUUGACAUUCCUGAGGGAUGUUCUGGCCAAUCCUAUGCCGCAUCGUCAGAUUCUACCUGCGCUGCUGGAGUUCACCGCCACACUUGCAGAGAAGGUCGACAAUACAAAUUUCGGCGAGCAGCGUCGCAUGCGGCGUGACCUUGGGGAUCUUUUCAUGCGUCUACUGACAGCUACUUUCACGACCCGUCCGAUGGGAUACUUUCAAGACUCGUCCACAAUGUCGGUCGACAAGAUCCCUGAAGAAAACGGCAGCUCCGCUACUCGAUCUUCAGACAUCGUAACCGUCUUGGUGUCGAUACUUCCCAAGCUUCCCCUCAUCCUUGUCGACAACGACCGGAUUGCGAAUGCAGCUACAUCUAUCAGUACCAACGUCAUUGGUCCCGCUUUCCGCGCGAAGGCCUUCCCGGAAACGGUCUCGCCUCUUCUGCUUGAUCUCAUUUACGAGUUGACACGGACUUCAUCGCUCCCUGCUGCUACUAAAGCUUGGAAACGUGAUAUCGAGGCCGCAUUCAAUGACACCAAGUUCUUCGCCACGGAGACGAAGCUUGCACUGGAGAAGUGGCUACCUGUGCUCCGCAUGUGGAGUCAAAACGACAAGGACCGCAUGCCGGAACUGCUCUCCCGGCUCAGUGCUCCAACUACGGCGGGCAUCAUGUUCGGCGUCGGUGCAACAAGCGCAAGGCUCGAAGCAGACCGCAAGACGCAGCUGAACCUGCGCCGGAUGACCAUCCUCGUCCUCGCCAACCCCGAAGACACGUAUACCAUCAACCUCGGCGGCAUCCUGGAGAAGCUGACGGAGCUUCUCACGGCGACGCCGGCAUCGUCGCCGUCGUCAGCCACGCGCGCCGACAUCUUCCUACUGCUGCGCGCGCUCGUCCUGCGCAUCUCGCCCGUGCACCUCGCGCCCGUGUGGCCCGUCAUCACGGCGGAGCUGACGCACGCCAUCGCGUCGGUGCUGCCGGACGACAAGGAACAGCACGAGCGGUAUAACAACCUGAGCGUCCUGCAGGCGUGCAAGCUGCUCGACACGCUCGUCACACUCGCGCACGACGACUUCCAGCUGCACGAGUGGCUGUUCCUGACGGACACGAUCGACGCCGUCUACCGCCCCGACCUCGACUGGCGGCCCGUGGCGCUCGUGGACGAAGUGGCGGAGGCGCUGCAGGAGAGACAGGCCAAUGCCACCGCCGCCGCCGCCGCCGCUUCGGCAGCGGAUGAACCGGCUGGAACUGGAGCCGUGGCGGACGACACUGCCGCCGCCACCGCCGCCGCCACCAGCGGCGGUCCAUCGUCGCUCACCAGCCCAACAACCACCACCACCACCACCACCGCAGCCCCUGCGCCCGGCAAGCCCGCCGCCUCCUCACACGACCAGGAAAACGAAAACAGCAGCAACAGCAACGACAGCACCAACAACAACACCAAGCGCCGCUCCCUCCUCGCGCCCGUCCUGCGCGCCGCGCAGGAACAGGGCGUCUUCGGCGACAGCGCCGACGCCAAGGCCAUGGGCAAGAUGGCGUUCGUCCUCGGCGUCGUGCGCCCCUUCCUCGGCCAGCUGAGCAUCCUCGCGUUCGAGGAGACGUACCGGAUGGGGGCGGUGGACCUGGCCGAGGUGGAGGCGUGGGUGGCGGGGGAUGUGUUUGAUGAGGGGGGGAUUGCUUAG